UGCUGAAUCCCGGCAGGGCCGCGGGGAGCGCGGCGGGGCUGCACGGCCCCGCUCCCCUGGCCCCGGCCCCGGCCCCUCGGGGAAGGGGGGCAGCCGCAGCCGCGCUCCCGCUCCGCCCGGCCGGGCGCUCGCUCAGAGACCGCGGUGCGGGGCGCUGUGCCUCGUCUCGUCUCGUCCCGUCCCGCUCCGCCCGCCGUGAGCUGCCGGGCCCAGGAACCGCGGCGAAAGGCGGCGGCGCUACGGGCCCACUGUCCCGGGGCCGCCCCGCGGGGCUGGGAGGGGGAGCCGGGCCGGGGGAAGGCGGGCGCAGGGCCCCCGGCCCCGCCGCAGGUCCCGGAGCGGGGCGGUCUCCCCGCCGCCCACCCCGGCGGAGCCGCCGCACCUGCGCGCCCGCCCCGCACCAACUUCUCCGCCUGUUGCGCGCCCCGCGCGUCCCCGCGGCGGGGAUGGGGCAGCGCCGCCGCUAGCCGGGGGGCGGGGGGCGGCCGGGGGGGUGCCCGCGGGGCUCUCCGCCCGGCUCUCUACCCCUGCCUUGCCUCCCCUCGCCGCUUUCGCCGCCGGGCGCUCGGCGGGCAUGGAGGUGCAGCUGGGGGUCGGCCGCGUUUAUCCGCGGGCGGGAGGCAGGACCUUCCGCGGCGCUUUCCAGAGCUUCUUCCAGAGCGUCUGCGAGGCUUUCCAGGCGCCGCGGGAGGAGCCGGGCGGCAGCCUGCAGCCGCCGCCGAGCCCGCCCGGGGCAGCGCCGGGCUCGCCCGCCGCCCAGCCGCCCCGGGAGCCCCGCGGCGGCGCCGGCCCCGCCAUGGGCUCGCCCUUCCCCUGCGCCGGCGAGCUGCGGGAGCUGCUGUGCGAGGCGGGCGCCCUGCCGCCGCCGCCCGAGGCCGAGCCGGCGCCCCGGGAGGACCCGCUGGGCGACAGCGCCAAGCAGCUCUGCCGGGCCGUGUCCGCCUCCAUGGGGCUGGCGCUGGAGGCGCCGGAGGCGCUGGAGCCGCUGCACCGCGAGGACUGCAUGUUCGCGCUGCCCGCCGCGCCCCGCGCACGCCCGCCCGCCGGGGACCCGCCGGAGCCGCCGCCCGCCCCGGCCGCCUUCGCGGGCGCCGAGGCCGCCCUGGCUGCCGCCGCGCCGGGGCUCUACCGGGGCUCGCCGGGCGCCGCGGCGCGCCCGCCCGCCGCCUUCAGCCUGGCGCCGCCGCCCACCCGUGUCAAGCUGGAGGGGCCGCCCGGGCCGGCGGCGGGCGGCGGCUGGGGCGCCCCGUUCUGCUACGGCACCGAGCUGGCCCCGCCGGGCCCCGCGCCCCCCUGGGCCGCCUUCUUCGCCGAGGAGGAGCUGCCGUACGGGCCCUGCGCCGAGCCGCCCGCCGGGCCCUUCGGUUGCAGGCGCGGGCCGCCCGCCGAGCCCGCCGAGCUCCCCGCCGACGCCUGGUACCCGGCGGGCCGGCCGCCCCUCGCCACCCCCGCCGCCUGCAUCAAGAGUGAGCUGGAGCCCUGGGCCGAGGGCGGCUACGGCGACGGCCGGUUGGAGACUGGCCGUGAACAUGUCUUGCCCAUUGACUAUUACUUCCCACCUCAAAAGACUUGCCUGAUCUGUGGAGAUGAAGCAUCUGGGUGCCAUUAUGGAGCCCUCACUUGUGGGAGCUGCAAAGUCUUCUUCAAACGGGCGGCUGAAGGUAAACAGAAAUACCUCUGUGCCAGCCGGAACGACUGCACCAUCGACAAGUUCAGAAGGAAAAACUGCCCGUCAUGCCGCCUGCGAAAGUGCUACGAGGCUGGGAUGACACUCGGAGCCCGCAAGCUGAAGAAGCUGGGUAACCUGAAGACACAAGAUGACAUGGAGGCAGCCAGCUCAUCCAGCCCCACAGAGGAGCAGGCUCCUGAGAUGGUGAUGACACGCAUUGAUGGGUAUGAGUGCCAGCCCAUCUUCCUCAACGUCCUGGAGGCCAUUGAGCCUGGUGUGGUGUGUGCUGGCCAUGACAACAGCCAGCCAGACUCCUUCUCCAACCUGCUGACCAGCCUGAAUGAGCUCGGGGAGAGGCAGCUGGUCUACGUGGUCAAAUGGGCAAAGGCCUUGCCAGGAUUUCGCAACCUGCAUGUGGAUGACCAGAUGUCAAUAAUACAGUACUCUUGGAUGGGCCUUAUGGUUUUUGCUAUGGGUUGGAGAUCUUUCACCAAUGUCAAUUCCAGGAUGCUUUACUUCGCUCCAGAUUUGGUCUUCAAUGAGUACCGGAUGCACAAAUCCCGCAUGUACAGCCAGUGUGUCAGGAUGCGGCACCUCUCUCAGGAGUUCGGGUGGCUUCAGAUCACACCCCAGGAGUUUCUCUGUAUGAAGGCUCUACUCUUCUUCAGCAUCAUUCCAGUGGAUGGUCUGAAGAACCAGAAGCUCUUUGAUGAACUUCGAAUGAAUUACAUUAAGGAACUCGACCGUAUCAUCGCUUGCAAGAGGAAGAACCCUACCUCCUGCUCUCGGCGAUUUUACCAGCUCACCAAGGUCCUGGACUCCGUGCAUCCUAUUGCCAAGGAUCUGCAUCAGUUUACAUUUGACCUUUUAAUUAAGGCACAUAUGGUGAGCGUGGACUACCCUGAAAUGAUGGCCGAGAUCAUCUCUGUGCAGGUUCCCAAGAUCCUGUCUGGAAAAGUGAAGCCUAUCUACUUCCACGCACAGUGAUCUGCUGGAGGGACCUCCCAGUCCUGCCGCCCCCAUGCCAGCUGUCUCCUGCCCACUAUUUCUGCACUUCUGUACUGCAGUGCCUUGGGGAAUCCCCUACACAGAGGUGAUGUGCCAAGAAGAUGCACAGUAACAAGCGACUACCUGCUGGGAUUCCUGAGAUUUCUAUUUUUCCUGAGGUACCUCUGAACUGAGCUGCCUGCUGUGGCUCCUGCCUGGAUCUGGCUGGCUGUGCUGGGACAGGGGACUGUGGCACGGCGGCAGCAGCACCAUGUCUACACUUUCUCAUUUGUGUGUUUUCCACAGUGACUUUUAGUGGCCUGGGGCAAUGGGAGAUUGGGAGAAAUGCCAGCAGUUGUUGGGUUUGGAGUUUUUUUUAAGAGAAGCAGAUUGAACCUGUAAGUUUGGGUGUGGCUUACUUCACUAGCCUCCUUCAUGACUUGGUUUGCAUUUAUGGUGCUGGGAAGCAGAUGGGCUAAAAUAUUGCAGUAGAGAAACAGAGAAGACCUGGGGGGAUGAGAUGAAUUGGCAGAGCCUGAUGAAUUCCCAGGACUGCUGCAGGGUCAGAAGGGUGCCGUGCGCACUGGCUCGCUGCGGACAGCACGCGGCUGUCAUCUGUGGCACCACAGACCCGCCUGCCCAGCAGCAUGGGUGAGUGUUCAUACCAGCUGAUGGGGUGGUUAGGGGUUGUCAGCAAAAGGGCUGGAGAGGAUGACCCUCGGAAAUCCCCAGAGAUGGUGGAUGGCUGCUGUUUUCCACCUGGGAUGUUUUUCCUACGAAUGGUCAAGCUGGAUCUCGGUCUGCCCCACAGCCACCUGGGUGCUCAGCGAUCACAUUCCCAUCCCGCAAGUGCCUGACGUCCUCAGACCACACGCUCUCCCCUCCUCCUGUGAAACCCCCUGCCCAGCCCCUCACCAGCUCUGCAGACCCUGGGUUUCCAGCUACACUACUUAUUUUCCGUUUUUCCGAACUCUUCUUUCCAAUGCCAGCAGAUGAGCAUCCCAGGAGCAAAGCAGUGGGGCUGGGCUCUGUGGGACCUGCAAGGCCACAGGACACCUGCGGUUAAUCCUGUCCUUCGGGAGGUGGCUGUAGUAGCUGGCCGGUGCUGCCAUGGCGCUUUGCGGGGCUGUAGGGGCAAUGCCGAAGAGACCUUCUGCCCUUCUGAGCAGUGUAUAUGCUCCUGCUAAUUGCUGUGGUUGAUUAAAGCCCAGGGGGACGCUGUCCCCCGUGCACCAGCCCGUAUGUGCCAUCCCAGGCGCACCAUCCCAUGUGUGCCAUCCUGUGUGCAUUGUCCCACACGUGCCACCUGUCCCCAGCAGCUCUACGUGACAUGAUGGUGGCCAGGGCUGCAGCUCUGCCGUGAGGAUGGAUAAAUGUGCCCUGGAUAACAGGGGCACUCGGCCCACAGCCGGCAAACAGCAAAGGGUGAUCGGUCUGCAGCUGCUGGUGACUCCCAGAAGCCAGGAACAUCUGAGAGAAGCAGCUUGGUUUGUCAGGCGUAAGCGCACCUGACACCCGUAUUUAGAUUUCCUUGGUGGGUUCUGCUUCUCACAAAGUGGCCGAGCCUGCGUUCCCUGUGGUGUUUGGGUUCCCCCCCCUCCCGCACAGCUGUGAGUCCCCCAAAACUGCCCAGUCAGACCUGGCCGGGGGUGUCGGCAAGUGCAGCAUGUACAGGCUCUGGCCAGGGUAACGCUUCCCAUCGUGGGCUGCAAUGCGGUCUGGCUUUACCGACACAGACAUCUACAAGGGUUCCUCGUGCUGGCACAGGCAAAGAGUAAACCCUUGCCUUGCUGCACAGGGUUCGUUGGCAGGUGGCGGUUUUGCUGUUGUGGUACAGAGUGGAGCUUGUGGCAGAGCCACACCGGCAGCACUUUGGCCCUCCGGCACAGAGACACCACAGGCAAAAGCAAAUGCUGGAGUCUGGAGAGAUGAACUUAAUCAGACACGUGCAUCACAUCGCGCUGUGAUCCCCAUGUGUAAUACCAGCUGCUUGUGUUUUUCAGAUGUCCUUAAAAGUAAGGGAAUGAGGUUUAGGCCAAUUGAUCGCCAUGUACGUGUUGUGCAGAAAACAGUGCUAAUGCUGCUGCUGCUUGCACCAUUCACAAGCUGAGCAUCACCGUCGGCUCUUCAGGCAAAUGCCCUCAUGGUACCUCUGGGUUCCUUGCAAAUGCUCAGUAAAGCAAACAAUUUUUCUGAUACUUUUCAAUCAUGCAGUGGGAUUUUCAUUAAGGGAAGGGGCAGGGAUAAAACCCAAAACUAUUGAAAAGGAGGAUUUUUCUUUACAGUUGUUUGUAAUGGGUCUUCUUCCCUUGCUAGAUAUGGCACUGAUCAUGCUCUUCCUCCUGAAAUCCCUUCAUGUAGGUGGCAACAGAAUCCAUAGAUAACCUUCCUGAAUGCCAGCCAGCAGGGUGGUUUUCUCAGUAGCUUUUCUAUUUCAGAGGGCUGCAAGCAUUUUAGAUGUUGCCAUGAUCUACUAAUAUUUGCAAAUGAACCAGUAAAAGUACCCUGUUCAUGCAUUCCUCUCUUGAACAUUUUCUGACUAUUAGCCGAAGAGUACAGUGAACAGCCGGGUGGGCAAUGCCCUGGUUGCUGUCAUCAACAGGAGGAUGUUUAUGAGCAAUCUGAAUGGCUCCUUUGGAGAGCUUUGUAUUUUGCACAAGCUUAUGUUGGUAGAGUUUUCAUUAGUUAAUGAGAGUGGAGGUAUCCUGCUGGGUACUUUUCUGCUGGUAGAUUGGGAAGAAAUCAAACUUAAAAGGGAUUUGCAUACACUGAUUUGCUGGUGGAAGCAUAGUGUGAAUGAAAGAUGGUUGAGAAGGGGAUACCACUGUGUAUCACCUGCCAGAUGCAUGCGGCUCAGGUGUGGGCAGCCUCUCCGGCCAGGUGAGCCUUUGGGAGGGAGCAGGAGCUCACGUGAAGUACCCCGUGCCGGUGGGCAGGGGGGCGGUGGGGCUGCCCUCCUCCACCAGUACCCCAGACCUCCUCUGCGCUCCAGUGGGGCACUGGAGUUAUGUUCUCUGUCUCUUCAGCAUCAGAGUAAACAUCUGCAACUUUUUUUUAUUCAAAAAUUGAAUUUUUGUGAUAUUACUAGAGGGGUGAGUGGAGAAUGUGGGGAACCAGAAUCAGUAGCACCUGUAUGUGUAUUUGCGGGGGGUGGGGGGUGGGCCUUUAACACUGUUUCCUUGAUUAUUUUCAUGGGCUGCUGCAAGAACUGGGGAAAAAAGAGGCUUAAGAAAUACCAAAGUCCACAUCCUGCCAUAUAUCUUUGCACUUUGUGUUUUCUUCUGCAUUUUCUUGUCUGCUUUUGCUUUAAAAAAGUGGAGAAUUUCACCAUCUUCAUGAUCAUGUAGAAGCUGUCCCUGUGGCUCAUAUCCCUCAGGGCAGCUGAGUCUAGGCAAAGGGACCCCUGUGGCAUUGCUGGGUGGGGGGGACCCCCGUGGCAUUGCUAGCAAGCGCAGCCAGGAAGCAGACCAUGUCCGACUCCCCUUGGGUUUCACUGGCUCUGCUCCAGAUUACCCGGGCAGCGUGGGGGCUUUUGUGCUGGCUCACUCUGGGUCACGGCUCAGGCCAUCGGCUCCCACUGAAGGCCGCAGGUGGAAGAUAAGGAAUACGCAGAUUGGUGUCAGCAUGGGAGCAGCAUGGAAGGGUACCUCACGAGAUAAAGGGUGUGAGGUGAGGUUGCCUUUAGUUAGUGCAGGAGAAACUCUUUCUCCAUCCUGUGUAAUGCCAGAAGUGAGCCAGAGGAUGCAGUGCAGCUGCACACCUGGGCAGGCAGCGUUCCUGGACCGGUGACCACAGACCUUCACCCACCUUCACCCAGCAGUGCCCUGCCACCACCAUCUGCAGCCAGCAGGGAGCAAAAGGAAGAGCUAGAGCAGCGGCUCUCUGCUCAGAGAGGGGGUGUGAAUGUUUCUGGAGAGCCUGGCAGCAUCUGAACACUGCUCCGGUAGAAGUCAAAAGGCCCUUUGUGUUGGAGGUGCGAAGGAGGUAAGCCACGAGCCUCGCACAGCGUGCCCGGCAAGGUAAACGGCAAGUGAGUCACCCUGCGGAGGGAAGGCGGGACCCCUCCGCCUUCUUUUGCACUUGUUGCUCUGGCCUGUGCGGUGCCGAUGGGGUCAUUGCCAUGGUUCGUAGGGAUGCUGAGGUGGUACCCGAGGUGUCGCUGCCUCCCAGAGAGCUGGCCUCCCUUGCGGAGUCACCUGCCGGCACAGGCUGCCUCCGCAGCUUCCUGCUAUGUGCAGCUGUUGCUCCACUUACUGAUCUCUCCCUAGGUUAUUUCAGUGAUAUAAUAUAUGUUAAACAUAUAUAUUUAUAAAAAAAAAAAAAAAAGGCAUGCCCCAUUUUAUAUUGCUGACGGUAUCUAUUUAAUGUAAUGCUCUAAGAGAGUUUCUUUUCUGAUGGCACAGUGAUUGCAACUAUUCUUCAGGAGAUGAGUCGGUAUGUGCCAAUAUUAAUGGAAGUUUUAAUUUAAUAAUUUGUGGUGGUUAGGUACUGCCCAGUUUCCAAUGGUCCAGCCAUUCAUCGCAUGAAUGGAGCAUGUGCUGGCAUAGUCUGGUGUCAGUAUCUGCCACUCCAGCUUUCUUGUAGCUGAUUCUGGUUAGACGGGGAUGGUAUUUGCACUUGGGGGACAAUGGAGUGUCUUUUAUUUCUGCCCUCUUUGGCUGCACAAAGUGUCCUUGCACUUUUGGGCAGAAUCCUGGAAUUACAGAGAGAAACCAGCUACCAAACUGUUUCAGAGUAGACUUUCAACAACCGGCUGAGUCGCGCUGUGCACUGUCACAUCCUGGUGCCCGCCAUGGAAUGGCAGGUGACCCGCACACCAGCAGCUGUGCGAGAUGCCAGGGGACUGGUGCCACACAGCUGGGGCCACAUGCGUGGCCCUGGGCCAGUGACUGGCUGCUGGCUCUGGGCAUAGCGGGGCAGCCCAGCUGCAGAGGGUGCUCCAGCCUGGCUGCAGUGGGACGUGUGGGGCUGGGGGAGCCGGUGCAGCCUGCCUGCACCCACCUAUGCUCGCUCAGCUGCCCGCAGCAGCAUGGAGGGGCUUCUGCUCGUUCCCCUUUAAAACAGCAGGGGAGCCUGCACUUGUGAUUCAAAAAGUAAAUAUCUGCACCACAUGUAAAACCACAGCAAAUUUAUGAUAAGCUGCUCUCUGUGCCAGGUAUUUUGUGUUCUGUGGCAAUUUUAUGCUGGUUUUAUUUGUUAACAUGUCUCUGUAAUAAAAAGAGUUCUUUAUAUCGAUAUAUUUUAUUUUCUUGUAAUAAGCCAAAAAGCUCAUUGCUGGUGCCUUUUUGCCUGGGGAGUACUCCAGCCCACAGCUAUAGUCAUGGAAGUAGCAAAGCAGCAUAAUGUCUCUGCAAUUGCUCGUUUCACCAUAGCUAAGUCCCAAAGCAAACACUGCAGCGUUGCCAAAAGGAAAAGAACAAGUUGUCUGCAGAAUGGGCAAAAAGACCUUCAGGUACAGUAACGUGGUGAUGUCCCUAGGCCUGGUCCCAAGGUGAGGGCUAAGCUUCCAGCUCCCUGCAUGUGACAGAAAAAGCCUUGUCCUGCCUCGGUGGGACUUCACUGCUGUGUUGCAAACCUUUAUCCUAUGCAAGAUGUGCAGUGAGGUCAAAGCAUACAUGUAUCAUUUUAUUACAGUUGCAAUUCUAUUAUGGUUGCAAUGCUGUAGUUUGUUUCAGUCACCUUUAAGAAAUGGCAGUGUCACCCGUGUUAACAACACCUGAGGCCAGAUUCUGUUUCUAGAGAAGGAUGUUAGUUGGAUUGUUGCCACUGCUGGGGUUUGGGUUGAGGUUUUUUUAAUGGGAACUGGAUACAUUGAAUGAGGAGAAUAGAGACCUACAAUAUUAUGUCAUCAAAACUGGAGAGCAGUAACAUCUGCUGCCUUGGCCAGCGAGAUGUGGUGGAGGAUGCCCAGGAGAUGACCGUGACUCAGAAGUCACCAUACAGAUCUGAAGGACUUUUAUUUUCGUAACCAAAAAGAGGAGCCCAUCUGGCAUCUAGGAGAAAGACAAAACCAGCUACACUAUGCUAGGGGAAAUUAAAAUACUCACUUUUGGACUGUUUCAGUCUGUACUUGGGUCCCAUGCAAGCCCUCAACCUGUGCUGUGUCACAGGGCAGACCUUGACGCUUGGUGUUCAGCUCUUUUUGCAAUCCUAAAAUCUGUUGUUCUAAGUAUAUUAAAGGCAGAAUCUUGUUUGUUGGAACACAGCUCUGUGUGUGUGUAUUUGGCUUUUGUUUCAGUUAUGUGCAUGAAAAAUGUUAUCUGGUGUGAUGAAUAUUAGCUCUUGAAGAUGCCAGGAAUAAGUGGGUCAUUUUUCAGUGGACAAGGCUGUGUGGGGUCAUUCAUAGGCUAUUUUUCAGUCAGAUAUUGCUGUUAAUCACAUCUGAACUGUUAAUUCAUUGGCACAUCAAUUGACUAAUCUUUUCAUGUAUGCCUCUUUGGGUCUUUUAAAUUGAAUUUCAUUUGAUUAAUGUAUUUCUCAAAGCAAGGAGCUAAUAAAGGCCAGUGUCCUCCUCC